GUGUGGACGAUAGCAGCAAAACUUUUUGCAACUGGACUAUAGCAACCAUCCACAGAAUGUGUGCUGCAAAUGAGAAAAGAAAAUUCCAACCACCUGCUUAAUUUCCUCACAAAUCAUGAUAAAAAUUAUCAAUAUAAUGUCUCCAAAUCUUUUGCCAUCUUCCAUCUUCUUCUUGUAUAUAUUUUUGUUUUGUUCCUCUAUUGUAUAUUGCUCCACUAGAGAUAUUUUGAAGCAUGGCGAGUGGAUCAUUGACAACGGUUCAACUCUUGUCUCCGCUGGAGGAAUGUUUGAACUUGGAUUCUUCACCCCUAUGCAAAGCUCAAGCCACAAAAGGUUCGUGGGGAUAUGGUAUCACACAUGGGGUCAAAAAGAAGUAUGGGUUGCUAACCGAGAUGACCCAAUACAUGACGGUUCCACUGGAGUUUUUGGAAUUGCAGAAGAUGGCAAGCUCAAGGUAUGGGAUAACUCUAGUUUGGGAAGAGAAUAUUGGUCUCCAGGUCUUGAGAAAUCCUCGUCCACAAAUCAGAUUGUAAGACUCAUGGAUUCUGGAAACCUGGUCUUAAGCGAGGAUGUUCAGUCAGCAAUGAUUCUGUGGGAGAGCUUCAAAUAUCCAACUGAUACAUUUCUUUCAGGCAUGAAGAUGGAUGAAAAGACAAAUUUGGUCUCAUGGAACGGCUCAAGUGAUCCGAGAACUGGUCAAUUCACAUUUAAGCAAGAUGAAGAUGAAUCUGGAGAGGGUAGCUACGCUAUCAAAGAAAAGGUAGACUAUCACUGGAAAAGUCGAAGCACAGGUAAGUUCUUGAAAUCGGAAAAAAUGCCUUAUUACAUAGCCAACUUCUUAUCAAAUUUCAGCACAAAAAAACAACCUUUGCUCUGUAACGCAAGGCUGGUGAUGCAUUACUCUGGGGAGUUAAGGUAUCUGGUCUGGGAUAUAAAGAAUCAAAAUUGGAACUUGGCAUGGUGGGAGCCAGAAAACCAAUGUAGCAUUUACAAAGCUUGUGGGAAAUUUGGGAGCUGUAAUAUCAACAAUUGGUUAACGUGCAAAUGUUUGCCUGGGUCCAAGCCUACUGAUCCUGAGAAGUGGAAUUAUCCAAAUUUUGCUGAUGGCUGCACCAAAAAUUCGACAUCAUGUGACAUGAGUGGGACAUUCUUGAGCUUACAUAUGAUGAAAGUGCGCGAUCCAGACAUAGAUUCCGAGGUAAAAGAUAAAGAAGAAUGCAAAAAAUUGUGCGUUGUGGAAUGGCGGUGCCAGGCUUAUUCAUAUGAGGAAAAUAAAAACAGCACGCAAAGAGGUGAUAAUUCUACUAGUGCCAACAUAUGUUGGAUUUGGAACGAAGAUCUAAGCGAUCUUCAAGAGGAGUAUGAAAUCGGUCGUAACAUCUCCGUUCGCGUUGCCAAAUCCGAUAUAGGAUCAAGUGCAAGGAACUGUGAGCCUUGUGGCACUAACGUGAUCCCCUAUCCGCUGAGCACAAGCCCAAAUUGUGGUGACCCCAUGUACUUUAGCUUUCACUAUGACACAUCCACAGGCCAGCUUAGCUUCAAGGCACCUAGUAGCCUCCACCGAGUCGAUAGUAUCCAUCCAAGUGAACAAAAAUUUGUCAUUCAAGUCAUGAGCAACGAUGCAGCUUAUCGCAAUCGCAAGGAUAGAAAUUUAGAUCUGGGGCUCAAUCAUUCCUUGCCAUUUAAUGUGAACUAUGUGAACUACUACUGGUUACCUGACCCUGGCAACUUGAGUUCUGAAAUUACAGGUGUAGAGAUUAGUUGGGUGCCACCACCAGAGCCAACGUGUAUUUCAACCGCGGACUGCAAGGAUUGGCCACAUUCAACUUGCAAUGCGGCAAAAGAUGGAAAGAAGAGGUGCCAUUGUGCCCCAAACUUCCGAUGGGAUGUCUCAAAUUUGAAUUGUACUCAAGGUGAUACUCUGUCAAUAGUACGUGGUAAACCUGGGUCACCAGAUGAAGCUUCAAAAAGGAAGAUGGCGUUGUCUUUGAUUGUUGCGGUAUCUCUUAUAAGUGGGAUUGCUUUCUCAUGUACCAUUAUAUUUAUAUAUAUAUUGAGAAGAAAGAUGGCCAAGAGGCAAGAAAACAGAAACAAUGAUAAAAGAAAUAGGGUACUUCGCACAAUGGACAGUGAACGACAUGUUAAGGACUUUAUAGCCUCGGGUGAGUUUAGAGAAGAAGGUGAAACAGACAUAGAUCUGCCAUUUUAUGAUUUGGAAAGCAUACUAGCUGCUACAGAUAGCUUCUCAGAUGCAAACAAGCUUGGACAGGGGGGCUAUGGGCCUGUUUAUAAGGGUACAUUUCCAGGAGGAAAUGAAAUGGCAGUAAAGAGGCUCUCGAGUGCCUCUGGACAAGGCUUAAAGGAAUUUAAAAAUGAGGUGGUGUUGAUUGCAAAACUUCAACAUAGGAAUCUUGUUAGACUUUGGGGAUAUUGCAUAAAAGGAGAUGAAAAGAUUUUGCUCUAUGAGUUCAUGCCAAACAAAAGCUUAGACUUAUUUAUAUUUGAUCCAAAGCGAAGCGUGCUUUUGGAUUGGGAGAUGCGCUUUAACAUUAUCUUGGGAAUAGCUCGAGAGCUUCUUUAUCUUCACCAAGACUCCAGAUUAAGGAUCAUCCAUAGAGACAUGAAAACUAGCAACAUUCUUCUAGAUCAUGAGAUGAACCCCAAAAUAUCUGACUUUGGCUUAGCGAGGAUUGUUGGAGGCAAAGAAAUUGAGGCAAACACAACUAAAGUAAUUGGAACCUAUGGCUAUAUGGCUCCAGAGUAUGCGUUGGAUGGAGUUUUCUCAAUUAAAACCGAUGUCUUUAGUUUUGGUGUAGUUUUGCUUGAGAUUAUUAGUGGAAAAAAGAACACUGGAUUUUAUCGAUCAGAACAAGCCAUGAGCCUUAUAGGUUAUGCAUGGAGAUUGUGGACAGAAAACAAGGUGUUGGAUUUAAUAGACCAAACUCUGCAUGAAUCUUGCAAUGUAGAAAAAUUUAUGAAGUGCGUAAAUGUUGGACUCUUAUGCAUACAAGAAGACCCAAGUGAUCGACCCACCAUGUCAAAUGUUGUUACCAUGCUUGAUAGUGAAACUGCAACAGUUGCAACUCCUAAACAACCAGCUUUUGUUCUAAGGAGAGGCCAAUCUAGCACUUCUUCUUCUAGUAGACCGGAAACAUAUACGGAAUUAACAAUUAGUUUAGAAGAAGCACAAUAAUACAUGAUUGUAGUUGUGAGUGUGUACUCUUUGUAAAAGACUGAAGUCUUAUUAUAGUAAACAAUGAAAUACUCUAAGAUGUACAAGUGACUGCCUUUUUAAUAUACAUAAUAUGUGUGUUGUAU